AAUAUUAUUAUAAUUUCAUUCUUUUUUUAAAUAAUAUUUACGUAAAAUGUUCUCUCGUCCACUCUUAACGUGUUUUGGCGGAAUAUUUGGCGAUGGUCCCAAAUUUUCCAGGCAACCCCUACUCUUUUAUUGGAAUGAUAAAUAACGUCUAAUUUGAUGCCGGCAUCUCUCCGUGAAUGUUUGCUGGUUUUGUAGAUAUGAUGAGAGGAAUUUAAUCAUUUUAAUAAGUUAUGGGAGAAUAUAUAUAAAAGGAAAUAUGAUAUUUAUCAGUGGAAUAUAUUUCGCUUUAGUUUUAACUGCAGUGGAAAACGCUAUACCUGUACUUCCUCGACUGCAUUACGCUCAUUCCACAUUAACCAGAAAACCCAAAGAAACAGAUUUAUAUAUUGGUGCUAUAUUCCCAAUUAAUGGCACGGGCGGUUGGCAAGGGGGAAGGGGUUGUAUGCCUGCUGCCUUGAUGGCUUUAGAAGAUGUGAAUGCUGAUCCGAAUUUAUUGAUUGGUUAUAGGAUGAAAAUGCCUUUUAAUGACAGCCAGUGUAAUCCUGGUUUGGGUGCCACCGUUAUGUAUGACCUUUUGUAUAAUCCUCCCCAAAAACUUAUUCUGCUUGGUGGAUGUUCUAUUGUGUCUUCGACUAUUGCAGAAGCUGCAAAAAUGUGGAAUCUAGUUGUUGUAUCCUAUGGAUCGAGUUCACCUGCAUUGUCCAACAGGAAAAGGUUCCCAACAUUUUUUCGAACACAUCCAUCGGCUACUAUCCACAAUCCAACGAGAAUCAAACUCUUCCAGAAGUUCAAGUGGUCAAGAAUCGCCAUUGUCCAAGAAGCCGAAGAAGUUUUUAUAUCAACAGGAGAAGAUUUAGAGAUUCGAUGUAAAGAAGCUGGAAUUGAAGUAGCCACACGACAAAGUUUCAUUACAGAUCCUACCGAUGCUGUCAGGAAUUUAGUGAGACAAGAUGCCAGAAUCAUAGUUGGAAUGUUUUAUGGAGCCGCUGCGAGAAAAGUUAUAUGUGAGGCUUACAAGCAGAACGUGUACGGUAAACAAUAUGUAUGGUUCCUCAUUGGUUGGUAUGAAGAUGAUUGGUACGCUGUCACUGAUAAAGCUCACAAUUGUACUGUACAACAGAUGAAGGAGGCAGUUGAAGGACAUCUAACAACUGAAGCACUCAUGCUCAAUCAGGGCUCAGAACCAACCAGAUCAGGCAUGACAUCGGCUGAGUUUCUGGAACGAUACGAAGAAGAACUAAAGAAAUUCGGAUACAUUGAGAGGCGUCCAGUGGGCUAUCAAGAGGCACCCCUUGCAUAUGAUGCUGUGUGGGCGAUUGCCUUGGCACUGGACAAAACUAUCAGAGAGUUGGAAGGCACCAAUAGAUCUAUCGAAGAUUUCACAUACGACAACCAAUACAUAGCUCAUCAAAUCUAUUCUGCUAUGAACAGUACGCAGUUCCUUGGUGUAUCGGGACAAGUUGCCUUUUCUUCGAAAGGAGACCGAAUCGCCUGGACUCAAGUGGAGCAGAUGAUAGAUGGCAAUUACUCUUUACUAGGCUAUUACGAUACUCAAACGGACAAUUUAACUUGGUUUAAUAAAGAAAAAUGGGCAGAUGGGAAACCACCGCCCGAUCGCACCAUCAUCAAAAAAGUUUUGCGAACCAUUAAUUUCAGUCUUUUCAUCAGCAUGACCACUAUUUCCAGUAUAGGGAUUCUAUGGGCAAUCGUUCUUCUAAUUUUCAACACCCUCUUCCGGCACUCCAGGUACAUAGCUCUUUCCCAUCCUAUGUGCAAUAACAUUAUGUUAAUAGGAAUAAUACUGUGUCUUCUCUGCGCUUGUCUGUUGGGAUUAGACGGGCAAUUCGUUGGCGAAGAAGGCUUCAGUAAUUUGUGUCAGAUUCGAGCUUGGCUUUUAACGAUUGGUUUUACACUAUCGUAUGGGGCAAUGUUUUCAAAGAUAUGGAGAGUGCAUCGUCUUACAACAAAAAUAAAAUCGGACCACAAGUUCGUGUACAGUUGGAAAUUGUACAUUAUGAUUGGUGUGCUUGUCAUCAUUGACGUACUGAUACUUACAGCCUGGCAACUGAUAGAUCCAUUGCAGAGAAAGAUUGAUAUUUUCCCCUUGGAGGACCCUGAAAGCAUUGAGGACAUAAAAAUUGAACCACAACUUGAACAUUGUGAAUCAGUCAACAACGCUAUAUGGCUUGGGAUCAUUUUUGGAUAUAAGGGACUCCUUCUCAUUUUUGGAAUUUUCUUGGCAUACGAGACUCGCAGCGUCAAAAUCAAACACCUAAAUGAUUCCAGGCUAGUUGGAAUGAGCAUUUACAACGUUGUGGUCCUCUGUCUUAUCACAGCUCCAGUGACACUCGUGAUUAACAGUCAGGCAGACGCAACAUUUGCAUUUGUGGCUCUUGCUAUAAUUGUUUGCUCUUUCUUAUCUAUGGCACUUAUCUUCAUCCCUAAGGUAACAGAAUUAAUUCGCCGACCGAGAGAAAGGAUCGAUGCCAGAACUCUUACAGACACCAUCACGAGUAGAGAAGAAGAAGACAGACAAUUAAGACUUCAGCGCGAAAACGAGGAAUUGCGUCGCCAAAUAUCGGAGCGAGAAGAACAAAUGAGACUGGUGACACAGGCUCUGCAGGAGAGGAAUGCUUUGAGAAACCUCCAGGUAGCCUCAACUGUCGGAUGCGGGGACAGGGUUCGAAUCACGAUUCCGGGACAGUACACGGAUGGCGUCAUGUUGGCCCCCAAGGACAACAUAAUGAUUGAUCCGACCUCGGACUCUGGAUUCAUCACGGGUACAUCCAUGGCUCGCAGCUCCAGAGGAUCUAGAUCCGACUUCGAGUUCUCCGAGUCCUAUCUCUAAGAUUCAUCCGAAAUUUCUGGAGGAAGAAUGCGUUACGGAAUAAAUCUUACGUCACAGUUAGAUCUCUGAUCAACCCAAAUAAUGCUUAUUUGGCAUCGAAAGUCACGUGGCUUAUAGUCACAAAUGUACUACUUGAAAGGUCUUUAAGUCAAAGAGAAGUUUGUUUGGCGCCAAACAUGCUUCAAAAUUUAUUAUGAUUCGAGUAUUUUGUUUUUGUGAUAAUUACAGUUUACGAAAACAAUUUGAAACUUUACUAUAAAAUAGGAAGGUACUAAGCAAAUGUAAAGGACACUGCCAGUUUUGGAUAUCUAAAACAUAGCUGCCAACAUGGAUAGGAAAAAAUCCUGUAGAUUUAACGAAAUAAUAUCAAUUUUAAGAUAAUUGUUGCAUAAUGUACUAAAUAAUUACACAUAGGGAUUUUUAUAAUAAUCAAAAUAG